AUGGUGAUGACCGGCGAUGAAAAAUGGAAUCUAGUAAAAGUCAAGAGAAUAAUAUGUCGGCAGUCGGCGAAUAACAACGAGAAACCACAAGAAGUAUCGUUAGUGAAAUCCGGCUCUAACAACAUUUUGAGUAGUGUCGUACUCCUGAAGACAAUCUUAUUACCAGUCAAAACUGUGAAGGGUGUUGUCAACGUUCGUGGUUUAUUAGACGAUGGCAGUCAACGUAGCUACAUUUCAACGCAACUGGCAAAAAGAAUUGAUGGAACAAUGUUGGGAAAAUACUUCGAGAGGAAUAUUCUGUUUGGAGGAGUCAUCACCGGUAUUGAAGAGCGCUCGAUUUAUGAGGUCCAGCUGUACGGAAUAAACGGAUCAAUGUAUAAGUUGGAACUUGCGAACAAAGAUAAAAUCACUGGCAGUGUUGAGAAACUUCCACCAGGUCCAUGGAUGGACGAAUUGAAAUCAAUGGGCAUUCGCAUUAGUGAUUCAGAGUCAUCGAUAGAGGAUAUUGAUAUCCUGCUGGGUGCUGAUCUAUUACCAAAGGUGAUGACGGACCGGAGUAUGUUGCUAGAAUGUGGACUGAGAGUAGUGGAAACAAUUUUUGGUUGGACGAUCAUGGGUCCGAUUCCGAAAGAAGUGCAAUUGAACACAUCUAUGCAAAUGGCCGUUUCUUUAGUAAACGAAUCAGACAUUACUCAGUUGUGGGAAAUGGAGACGAUUGGGAUUCGUGAUCCAGUCGAAACAAAAUCCAAGGAAGAAAGAAAUCGUCAAGUGAAGGAAGAUUUCGAGAAGAACAUUUCAUACACCACCGAUGGGAAAUACGAAGUCAGUCUGCCCUGGGUCAAUGGUGUUCAAGAAAUUCCAGACAAUUUCAAGGUUGCCGAAAAACGUUUAAUCAAUGCGACGAAGAGACUGAAAGAGAAGGGUAUGUACCACACGUAUGAUGAUUUAUUCAAACAAUGGGAGGUGGAGGGCUUUAUCGAAGAAGUAAAAGACGCAAAUGAUGCACAAUGUCACUAUAUACCUCACCAUCCUGUCUAUAAGCCAGAAAGUAAGACGACGCCGGUGCGUCCGGUGUUCGAUGCUUCGUGCAAAGUUGGAAGGCAUCCGUCACUAAAUGAAUGCUUGGAAAAAGGGCCAAAUUUAAUUGAGUUGAUUCCUGACGUUAUGUUGCAAUUUCGAGACGGACUCAUUGGCGUCAUUUCGGACAUCAGAAAAGCUUUUCAAAUGAUAUGCGUACAAGAUGAAGAUCAAACAUUUCUGUUGUUUUUAUGGUGGGAGGACGAGUCCUGUACGAAAUUGAAAGUUUUCAAACAUAAGCGAGUCGUUUUUGGUUUGACAUGCAGUCCUUUCAUUUUGGGAGCAGUCAUCGAGCAUCAUUUGAAUAAAGUUUGGCCCCGAGACAAAGAAAUUGCAGAAAAGUUAAAGAAAUCGUUGUACGUAGAUAACAGUGUCACGUCGGUGCAUUCUAUGGAAGAAUAUGAACAUUUUAAACGAAAUUCGAUCGAGAUAUUGGCAAAGGCGAAUAUGGAGCUUCGACAGUGGGAGCAUACUGAGCCGGGCAGCACGGAAGAAGAAACAGAAAAUCAAGAUCAUUUUUCGGCGGUGUUGGGAAUGCGAUGGAACAAGAAGAAAGAUACGUUGUCCUGUGCAUCAGUUCCAGAGAUUCCAGAAAAAUUAUCGAAAAGGUCGCUGCUGGCAACUAUCAACAAAGUAUUUGAUCCGAUGGGAAUUUUGGCUCCAGCAAUGAUCUAUCCGAAAUUGAUGAUACAAACUACCUGGAAAAAGAAGAUUGGAUGGGACGACGAGAUCCCGUACGAAAUGAGAGAAGACUUUCAAAAAUGGGCCAAUGACUUGACGUAUUUGCAAAAGAUUGAAAUUCCACGAAACAUGAGAGGUAAUUUUUAUCUUAAUGAAGGUUCUACAGAACAGCUCCACGUAUUUUGUGAUGGGAGUCAAGUGGCAUAUGCAGCUGUGACGUUCUUACGAGUCGAGAGUGGAAAUAAUGUAUCGGUGCAAUUGAUACAAGCUAAGGCAAGAGUGGCUCCAUUGCAAAAGAUGACAAGUACCAGGAUCGAGUUGAUGGCUUGCACGAUUGGAACGAGACUUGGUACGUCAGUUCAAAGAAUUUUCGAAAGAAACAUCCCUUGUGUCUAUUGGACUGAUUCCACAACCGCAUUAGCAUGGAUUGGUCGUAACGAUGAGUGGGGUACGUUUGUUGGUAACCGAGUGCGAGAAAUUGUUAAAUCAGGUACAGUAAACGAAUGGCGACACGUUCCUGGCAAAGUGAAUCCAGCUGAUUUUCCCUCCCGAGGUGGGUCACCAAAACAACUGUUACAAUCAAUUUGGUGGGAGGGUCCUGAAUGGUUAAAACGUCCACAGAUUGAAUGGCCUAACGAACAAUUUCAAGUCGACGAGAAAGAAGUGGCCGCUGAAAGAAAGAAGUCAGUAGUCACUAGCGAGAAUCUUAAGGUAUUGGCGGUCGUUGAAAGUCCAUGGUAUUCGAAGAGCAGCUCGUAUUUGUUGAAUCUGAGAAGCAUCGCAUUUCUGAAGAGGUUUGCUUAUAACUGUAUGGCAAAGAAACAAAAUAUUGACCGUCGAGUGGGUCAUUUGACUUGGAACGAGAUUGACGAGGCCGAAAUUACAAUGGUUAAGAUGAUCCAAAAGCAAGUGUUUCCAACAGCCACUGAUUUCAUUGCUGGCUUGAAAGUGGAAAAGAAUCAAGACGACAUUUACUACGUGGUGACAAAAUUGUUGUAUCGUCAAGAUAGUGGACGCUUCAAGAAACCAUUGCUUUUGCCAUGUAUCCAUCCAGAUGUGGAGAAAUUGAUUGUGGAAGAACACCUUCGAUGUGGACAUGCAGGAACGCAUUUCUUGGUCAACAAACUACGCGAACGGUUUUGGAUUGUACAUGCAAAGAAAGCAGUCAAAAGAGUGAUAAAGAAAUGUACGACGUGCAUCCGUUUUUCGAGGUCACCAGUAACGGUUCCAACAGCACCACUUCCAGAAAACCGUGUAAAGAAUGCGAAAGUAUUUGAAAUCACUGGAGUAGAUCUAGCGGGACCGCUCUAUUUGAAAAGUAACGAGAAGCAAUGGGUUGUCAUCUUUACAUGUGCGGUGAUAAGGGCUGUACAUUUUGAGUUGGUGGCGAAGAUCGACACGGAAGAAUUUAUUUUGGCGUUGAGUCGGUUUAUCUAUCGUCGGGGAAGACCUUCUAUUACGUAUGCGGACUGUGGAACAAAUUUCAUAGGAACGGCGAAUCUAUUCGGAAACAUUGAUUGGAAGAAAGUUAUGGCAGAUUCGAGAUUACAACGAAUUACGUGGAUUUUCAAUCCGCCGGCAUCACCAUGGUGGGGCGGUUUUUGGGAACGGUUGAUUCGGACGAUGAAAGAGUUUCUACGAAAACUGUUGGGACACAACAAAUUAACAAAAACCGAAUUAGACACGUCAAUUUGUUAUGUGGAGUCGUUAAUGAAUGGUCGACCGUUGACUUACGUCUCAGAUGAUCCAGAUGAUUUGGUUCCGUUGACUCCAGCAGCAUUUUUGUGUGAUAUCGAACAAUCAGAGUUUCCGGAGAUUGAGGUAAUAACUGGAAGCCGCCUACGUGAAAAGCUAAGACAUUUAGGGCAGUUGAAGAAAGAACUCCGAGAUCGUUUUCGAAGCGAGUACUUAGGACAAUUGGUACAACGAACGAAUCCACAAGACAAUUAUGCGUUCCAAUUGGGUGAAGUCGUCCUCAUCGCUAGCGAAGACAAAAAGCGGCUUGAAUGGCCAAUGGCACGCAUUACCGAAUUGAUUGAAGGCACAGAUGGCAAAAUCCGGGUGGCGAAGGUCAAAACUAUGAAUGGAGAACUGACAAGAGCUUUGCAACGACUGAUUCCAAUGGAAGUUGGUAACGAUUCCACUAUUCAAGUGGAUAGCGAAGUCAGAACACGAGCCAAAGAAGUGAAGACACCAGAGAUACCGGAACCAACUGUUAAAAAUCGGAUGAGAGUAAAGAAGAAAUGUGUUGCUGUCGAUCAGGAGGUCAUGGAAGAAAACUUGGAUAAGAAAUCGGACAAGGUCACGCGGUUUGGUCGAAAAGUAAAAGCUCCGAUUCGAUUUACUUAA